GAGUGACUUCACAGAGAAAGCGGGAGGGGAGGUGAGGGAGGGAGAGAGAGAGAGGAACGCAAAAACGAGAGUGUGACAAGACGUAAGCUCAUAGUGACAGCCGGGUCAGGAGAAGGCAGAGCGAGAGCUGGGAAAGAGAAAGCAGAAAGGGGGAGAUAAUGCAGGCUGAGAUGAUGGAGGAGAGUCAGGGCUGCAGGGGCUGAUGUCUGCUUACCUAGGCUAGAAAGAAACGUAAGGAAGCAACAGUGUGGAAAUCAGGUAGAAAGUGUGCAGAUCUGUCCAGAUGUGUGCGUGUUUGUGAUGUGCAACUGGCGGUGCUCGGUUAAAUCAGUUUGUGGAGAGCGUUUGUGUGAGUGAGUGAGGCUGUGCAACCAGUAUUGCCUAGAAAACGUGCCUGGUGGAUUACGAGAGAUCAGAGGACGACCGCUGUGUGUGUGCGUAUGUGAGUGUGUGUGUUUAAUGGUAAGCAAAAGGACUAGGUGCUAUUUGUCAUGGGAUGUUUUUUUAGAAAACCGUGCAGCCAGAAAACUGUGCCAUAAACGAGGAGAGAUAGUCCAGGUAGUUGAAGCAUCUGAGGAUACCAGGGCAUUUGGGGACAAGCACUCCUGCCUAGAAUCUGCUAUCUGAAUUUCAGACCAAAGGAGGUAAAGAACACAAACCUAUACAGACAGUAAAAGAGCUGAGGAGGAACCAUGGGUUCACGUGAACUCUUGAGCCAUCAGCGGAGAGAUUUGUAGGACCAGAGCAUCUAUGUUUCUUCUGAUUUCCUCCAAAGCCACGGAAACUGUAUAGUUUCUGCUAAGGUUAACGUGAAGGAUCGUGAGCAACCAAGACGGUGUCCAGUGACCUGUGAAUGCAUUCAGCAUCCAAUCAUGGGAGAGUGGACCAUACUAGAGCGCCUCCUGGAGGCCGCUGUGCAGCAGCACUCCACGAUGAUAGGAAGGAUUCUACUGACGGUGGUGGUUAUAUUUCGUAUCCUCAUCGUGGCCAUCGUAGGCGAGACGGUGUACGAAGACGAGCAGACCAUGUUUAUCUGCAACACCCUCCAACCAGGAUGCAACCAGGCCUGCUAUGACAAGGCCUUUCCCAUUUCCCACAUCCGAUACUGGGUCUUCCAGAUCAUUCUUGUUUGCACACCCAGUCUGUGCUUUAUAACCUAUUCAGUGCACCAGUCGGCCAAACAGCGAGACCGUCGCUACUCCUUCCUCUACCCGAUAAUGGAGAAGGAGUACAGUCGCGAAGGUGCCCGCAAACUGCGCAACAUCAACGGUAUCCUGGUGCAGCACCCUGACAGCGGCGGCGGAAAGGAUGAACCCGACUGCUUGGAAGUGAAGGAGAUCCCGAACGCACCAAGAGGUCUCCUCCACGGCAAGAGCUCCAAGGUACGCCGUCAAGAGGGCAUCUCUCGUUUCUACAUAAUCCAGGUCGUGUUUCGCAACGCACUCGAGAUAGGCUUCUUGGCAGGCCAGUACUUUCUCUACGGCUUCAGCGUUCCCGGCAUCUUCGAGUGUGACCGCUAUCCUUGCCUGAAGGAGGUGGAGUGCUACGUGUCGCGCCCUACCGAGAAGACGGUCUUCCUGGUGUUCAUGUUUGCUGUGAGCGGCAUUUGCGUUGUGUUGAACCUUGCCGAGCUCAACCACCUGGGCUGGAGGAAAAUCAAAGCCGCCAUUCGAGGCGUGCAGGCCCGCAGGAAGUCCAUCUGUGAGAUCCGCAAAAAGGACAUGGCUCACCUGUCACAGCCGCCAAACCUGGGCCGGACCCAGUCCAGCGAGUCUGCCUACGUCUGAUCUCCCUUUAUCUAAAUAAAGUGUUACAGGAGGGGAGUGGAGGUUCACAAGGCUGUUAGAGUACCAUGUUUUCGUUGGAAGGGGAGUACCCUCACAUAGCCACGCCUCUUUCCAACAAACCACUCCCCAAUUUAUGCCAUACGACAGUGUUUGAGGAAGUUUGCAAGUUGGAUGGGUGCAGAAUCAAGUGGAGACGGGACAGAGAGAAGGAUUUUUUUUUAUUCUGAAUUGUCAAACUGGACACAAUGAAUAGUAGAAGGGUGAAGAGCAGAGAUGGGAGGUGAUAGAUGCCACUUAAUGCACAAACAUUUUUGGAAGUGACCCAAUCUGGGGGGAUGUAGUAAGCAGGAGAUCUCUUAUUAUCACAAAGAUCUCUUACUAUCCUAAACCUUGUUGAAUGGGUGCAAGGUUACUGUUUAGGUUUGCUCUGUUGGCCAUCAAUCGGCCUAAAACAAACAGAGGGGGGAUAAACAUUUUAACAGCAAUGGCACCUUCACAUUGACACAACUUUUUUUCAAAUUGUUAUCAUAGACGCUAGAACGAUUACAAAAGACUGUUACCUCCACACAACGCGUGCCCUUCCACAAAGUCCUCUACUGUUUAGUGCUGAGCAUCCCUUCCUCAUGUGGUGCAUGAAUGUGGGUUUAUAUGUGAGUUUGUGUAUAUUUCCUUCUUGUUCAUUUAACGAUUACUCUUUUUUUUUGCAAAGGUUGGUGCCAUUACAGUUUUGUUUCAGAUUAUUGUAUAUAAUUUAAAACUUAGUUAAAAGAUCAUUACAGAUUUUGAGAAAUCAAGCCGACUCUGCUGAAAAGACCUGCUGGUCGAUGCAGAUCAUGGCUAGUUGUUGAUUUAAUACUGGUCUAGCGAAUGGCUAAAGCUUCUUUGAGUGAAGCUUUGUUGACUAGGAAAACUCUUUUGGUUAAGAUACUAUAAUGUUAACAUGAGCAAGCCAGCAUCCUAUAAAGUGUAGAUCAGGAAGUGUAGAUCUGUCCAACAGUAAAGAGAAAGGGUUUGUCAAAGGUUACAGCAAUUUAUCUUUUAUUCAGAUUAAUCCAGAGGUUUCUAUCAGAAGACUUUUAUUAUGAAAAAGGUAUCUAUUAAGGCAUGUUUACAAAGACUACCUGUUGAAUGAAUGAAACGGGAUGUUCAGUGUAUGUUUGUACGAAACCGAAUCAUUUUUGAUGAUUUACUUAGCUUUUUCUUCUCGUCACGUGUUUAUCGGCAUGCCUUCGUGAUAAAACAGUAGAAAAAUAUAUACCUACAGUACGUGUUGCACUUUGUGAGAUUGGGAGAGUGGACAGAAGAAGAGACUCACUCUGGAAGAACAUUGGUGGUUGAAUAAGAUCCAUGAUGAGUCGAUGUAGCUGUGUGCCUUUGUUUAAACAGUGUGUGUUGUAGCAUCUCUUACAAAUGCACACAGAAAGAAUUGUUCGUAUAGACAACAUAAGCACAAACAAAAGUACCUGGCUGUGCCCUGACAGCAUUUUGCACAUGUGUGCAUUAAACAGUGUGGACAGUGCUUACGCUGACAUACUGCAGAAACACAAACCACUGUCAGACAAGAUCUGACGUGAGAAGGAAAAUUCAGAGGUCCUUUAUCAGCAGCACAAUGUUUCCUGGCUUAGGCACGUCUUGUACACAAAGACUUUCGCAGGACAGCGGCUGUUUGCAUUCACUUUGACAUAAACUGUAGUUUAGUAGCAUUUAUAAAUCAGAAGUGAAGUCAAUGUGAAGACACAGAUGAUGUCGUAAAUAACUAAAUUAAAAUGGCUGGCCAUUAUUAGAGAUGGAAAUAGGUCAGGAUUAUAAGGCAAAAUGAGACGCGUGUGUCACAUUUGCUAUACUGUAAAAUGACUGCAGUAUUUGCUGGUCACCCCUGUUAUACUUUUGGGAUGUCAUCUAGGAUUUCUAUGACUACAUUUACACUCAAAAUAAAUAUUUAUAACAGUAUAUAGUAUGAUACAGUACAAUAAUACUACGAUUAAACUACAGACAUGCUGCACAAGUUGCUUGAUGGUAAAGCGAAGUUAAACUCAAUAAAUAAAGAAAAUUGGCACUUCAUUUUAACAUCCUUGAGCAAUUUAGAUUUUUUUUUUUUGAAAAAUCAUCUGGGAAGUCGUAAAAUAUUUCCACCGUAAUGAAAAUUACAGCAACAAAAUCACAAUGUGUCUCCUUUAUCUACAGUAAAAAUAGGCCUUUUUACAGUUUAGAGAUUUUACACAGUCAUGUACAAAAGUAAGACAACAACAAAAUUGUAUCACUUUGAAAUUCCCAGUGCUGUUAUGCCGAUAUAGGAAAAAAGCCAGUUUAACCAGUAAACCAUAUAACAUCUGUAGGGUAUCUAUACAGUGUAAAGUCUUGUACAUGCAGAUGCUUUUCAAGUGCAGUUCAGAGAUGAUUGAUGGAUGCUUUCCCUCGUGAGCUCUUCUUCUUGUGCUUGCAUUAAUCCACUCUCCUCUGUCUAUUUUUGAUCAAAUCUAUAUCAAAGUUUGAAUAGUAGACAAAAAAGAACAAUAUGGGAUUUAUGCAAAGCUUUUUUCUUCUUUUAUAUUUAUUACCAUUUGUGUAUUUUGUGUGUUACUCUUUCAUACUGUGCUGUAAUAUGAGGGUAAAUGGGUAUUUAAAGAGUAAAAUUAGGGUAUUUUAAUCGAAAUCGCCUGGGAGGCCAAAAACGUGGCUUUUGUCGCCAAAGUACUGUAAUAUGCAACUUGAUAACUGGGGUUUUAGUGAAUGAGCUGUUAAAUGAUGGUAAAUGCAUGGAUUAAUGGUUUAGAAAAGCAUGUUUGUUGCUUUAUUAUGAUUUUAUAUUUUAUUAUGAAACAGACAGGGACAGGGACAAGUAAGUAAAUGUUUUUUUUUUAUUAUUAUUGUAAGACUGGGUAAUGUAGCAAACCUUUAGCCUUUAAUGGCCAAAACUAUAUUAAUACAAAUGUAGGCAAACUGCAAUGCAACAGGUAGCACAAAUAGCCUAUUUGACUUUAUGCACGUUACAGGCAAAUUAUCCCUAUCACUGCCAGAUGAUUUUUUUUAACUUUCUUAUAAAAUGUGUCUUUUUAAAUAUAUAAUUUUCUUGAUAUUUCGGGACAUAAUUGGUUUUUAGGUAAACAAACCUGUGUGUAUAAUUGACAAUAUGAUGUUCAUCUACUGCCACUGGUCAAUGUCUCAGAUAUGAGAUGAUGAUAUUUACUGCUGAUAUUGUAAAAAGUCAUUAAUAAUGUCAAUUAAUCACCCAAAUGCAUGAGCAAAAAUGGUCUCAGGUGAUGUUUUUAAGAUGACUUUUCAACUGACUUUUUAGUGUUUCUAUUCUGUGAACAAUGUAUCUGCAAAGCCAUUUCAAGGUUUGCCCACAUUUUCUAAACAAUAAUGAUACUCGUGUUUCGUGGAAUUCAGGAUAUAUACACAAAAGAAAAUCGAAACAAAUAUCUGUCUCAGCGUUGCCAAAAGGACACCAAACAUGAUACUAACUACUCAUUACCAGGUGAAGUUUGUGUCCUGUUAGCUCAAAUAAAAUCAUUGUAAUCUCAUGCUAAUCCCUUUUGAAUGCUAGUCACAUGUCCUAGAAUGCUCUCUGACUGUCUGCCAAAAAAAAAAUCACUGCGUUCACAAUCGCAGGAGUCCGUGUGCCAAGCACACGCUCUGAUGGCAACCAACGUUUUCUUCCAAAGCCCUGGCCUGUGACCAAUCCUUUGGUUCGGCAUGAACAGUUAAACCUUGUCUUUUAAGUCGUGUGCAAAGAAGCCAUCCUCUAACUUUAAUCUAGGGCCAGAUUUAGCUUUUCAAAUCCUAAUCUUCACCUUCAUACAGGGAAAACCAAAACUGGUCUGGGAUCAGAGUAAAGGGAUCACCAAUUACAGCUCCACGUGUGCCGCCAAGGGAGUUUGACACUCGCCGCAUAAGCCGUACUAAUCUCUCAGGAAUAAGACGAGUCGCCGCUUCUAAUCACUCCCAGCUGCUUAGACGGCCGUAUAAACACUCGAUUAGCAUUUGGCAAAGGCAAAAGGGCAGGCGAAUCAUCCUUCGUACCUGCACCAUCAAAGGACAAAUAACAUCAACACAUGCAGCUAUAACUCAGGAUCUGUGCAAAGGCAACAAUCCUAAAAAGCAACGUUUAUACACAGAGGGAGAGGGAGAGAGCAUUCUGUUAACCAGACAAUUUUUCAGUUCAUUACACUGUGUGAUACCUACAUGAUUAUAUACAGGAAUAUGGGAAUGACAUUAUUUUCAGUAAAAAUUGGCUAGUGAAGUGGUUUGAUGUACCAAAAUUAACAUUAGUAACCAAGACUCGCAAAUAGGCAUAAAAUAUUUGACUUGAGUUUUUUUUGCAUGUACUGUACAUUUGUUUAAAGUUACAUUACACAGUUAGCAGCAAGAUGGACAUUAUGACAAUAAUACAACAUUGAUUUAUAUUACUAUCAAUCUAUUAUAAUCUGUACAAUCUGCAAGUCGCUUUUUCUUUGGAUCAUAGCCUAUUUAGCUACAAGGUAACAUUACUUCUUCUAUUUUACAUUCCGUCUAUACGCUAUUUGUAUGUUUUAGCUUACGGCGUUAUUACUGUUCUCCAAUGCCAUUUUUACUACAGUCAGUAGUUUUAGUUACUGUGAUGAGUCACAUUGUAGCAACUGUUAGCUUAUUUAAAUCAAAUAUUGAUGGGUUACAUUUCUUGAUCGAAUAACAGUUGUGACCACACAAUGUUGCGAUUGACCAAUCAGAGUAAUGUAGUUCAAAAGCCAUGUAAAAAUGGGUAGUUAUUCUUACGUGAGCUGCAACAUUGCCAAGCAUAUACAUAUAUAUAUAUAUAUAUAUAUAUAUAUAUAUAUGCUGUUUUUUAAAGAAAUAGUUCAAAUAUGCAUUAAAAACUCUGAAGAUUAUAAAUCAGAAUAAUAUCAGUUUAAAGGAUAAAAGCCUCAUUUGAUAUCAGUUACAACUGCUAUUUUUAGCAAAAGUUAAAAUAUUUCUAUAAAAUACUAUUGUCACUACAAUUUCCUGAAUUAUUUAAAAGAAUAAUGAACAGAAAUGUAUCUUUUGUUAACCUUUUGGAAAUGACGCUGAUGCUAUUAAAUAUAAGAUUUAAUCUUCUCCAGAUUUAUUUGGAAGAUAUGGAUGAGGGGCAAAAAUGCCUUUUUAUACAUAAAGAUGUCAGACAUUCAAUUAUAGCUACUAUCUUUAAUGAAACUACCACACAUGCGGUUCAGGGUAACAGCAUUACCUGCGGUCGAAUGCGGCAGUCACGUCCUUUGGAGAUUAUGCAAUCUGCAACCCUUUAAUCCACCAUCAUAUCAACAGUCUGAAUACUUAAUCUAAUUAAAAUGUGCUUGAUUGUGUGCACUGAUUAGGAUUUUUGUUCCUUUUUUAAUCAGAUUUUCUUUAAUAUGUUUUUAUUUUUGUGUGAAAAUGAUGCACUAAGGUCAAUGCACAAAUGCGUUCAAACGAAGGGUGAAAAAUGUUACACUUCUGAAAUAAAAAAAGGGUGCUGCUAAAAUGGGCCAUGGGUGUGUAGACUUUGCUGACACUUGUAUAAAAAUGGUGAAAUCUACUACUAUUUCUCUUAGCCCUGUAGUCUCUUUCAUAGUAUUUGCUGAAUUCAUCCCAAAAUGAACAAUUCUUACUUGUUUCUAAUGUCCAAAACUAAAUCUGCUGUUUGGGAAACAGAUUUCUAUUUUGUAUCCAGUUCACCUUAUUUAAAGGUUUUGCUUUCUUCAUGUUUCUGACUUGUGGACUGUGUAUGAUGACUGAA